AUGCUUGGAGUGUGGCAAAAGUUUCAUAAGAAGGUCACACCUAGUUCGUCAUCAGGCAAUACAACAGGAGAGAGACCCUACAAGUGCUUGGACUGUGGGAAAAGUUUCUUACAAAGAUCACACCUUGUUAAACAUCAGGCAAUCCACACAAGAGAGAGACCCCACAAGUGCUCCGACUGUGGGAAAAGUUUCUUACAAAGAUCACACCUUGUUAAACAUCAGGCAAUCCACACAGGAGAGAGACCCCACAAGUGCUUGGACUGUGGGAAAAGUUUCUUACAAAGGUCCAACCUUGUUAAGCAUCAGGCAAUGCACACAGGAGAGAGACCCCACAAGUGCUUGGACUGUGGGAAAAGUUUCUUUAAAAGGUCAAGCUUUGUUUAUCAUCAGGCAAUCCACACAGGAGAGAGACCCCACAAGUGCUUGGAGUGUGGGAAAAGUUUCCUAAGAAGGUCACACCUUGUUAAACAUCAGGCAAUCCACACAGGAGAGAGACCCCACAAGUGCUCAGACUGUGGGAAAAGUUUCUUACAAAGAUCACACCUUGUUAAACAUCAGGCAAUCCACACAGGAGAGAGACCCCACAAGUGCUUGGACUGUGGGAAAAGUUUCUUACAAAGGUUAAGCUUUGUUUAUCAUCAGGCAAUCCACACAGGAGAGAGACCCCACAAGUGCUUGGAGUGUGGGAAAAGUUUCAUACGAAGGUCAGAUUUUGUUUAUCAUCAGGCAAUCCACACAGGAGAGAGACCCCACAAGUGCUUGGAUUGUGGGAAAUGUUUCAUACAAAGAUCACACUUAGUCCAUCAUCAGGCAUUACACAAAGGUGCGAGACCGCACAAGUGCUUGGAGUGUGGGAAAAGUUUCCUAAUAAGGUCACACCUUGUUAAACAUCAGGCAAUCCACACAGAAGAGAGACCCCACAAGUGCUUGGACUGUGGGAAAAGUUUCAUAGAAAGGUCAAGCUUUGUUUAUCAUCAGGCAAUCCACACAGGCGAGAGACCCCACAAGUGCUUGGAGUGUGGGAAAAGUUUCAUACGAAGGUCACAUCUUAUUCAACAUCAAGCAAUCCACACAGGAGAGAGCUCCCACAAGUGCUUGGACUGUGGGAAAUGUUUCACAGAGAGUUCAAACCUUGUUAAGCAUCAGGCACUCCACACAGGAGAGAGACCGCACAAGUGCUUGGAGUGUGGGAAAAGUUUCCUAAGAAGGUCACACCUUGUUAAACAUCAGGCAAUCCACACAGGAGAGAGACCGCACAAGUGCUUGGAGUGUGGGAAAAGUUUCCUAAGAAGGUCACACCUUGUUCAGCAUCAGAGAAUCCACACAGGAGAGAGACCCCACAAUUGCUUGGACUGUGGGAAAAGUUUCAUACAAAGGUCACAUCUUAUUCAACAUCAGGCAAUCCACACAAGAGAGAGACCACACAAGUGCUUGGACUGUGGGAAGAGUUACAUACAAAGGUCACAGCUUGUUCAACAUCAGGCAAUUCACACAGGAGAGACUCCAGAGGUGCUUGGACUGCGGGAAAAGUUUCAUAUAGGGGUCUGACCUUAUUAAACGUGGAAAGAUCCACACAGGAUUUAAGCUUCUGUGACACAUGGCAAGAAAAGAUUAAGCAACUUGCAUGUAAUUCUUUGAGAUUCAACUUUUAGAGAGAGAUUUUAAAAGUGUGUCCACCUUAGUAAGGUAGAGUUUAACAUGUAAAUACGUUUUAUGAAAUACUUGAAAGAAGAGGGCAAGUCAUGUCUGAGUAACUAAUUGCCUUCUAUGAGGAGAUAAGUGGCUCUGUGGAUGAGGGAAAAGCAGUGGAUGUGUUAUUCCUUGACUUUUGAGCUGUAUAAGU